CUCUCAGAAAGAGUGCUGGCACUGAUAAAAGAACAAGGAUUGCCCAAGCAACCAGAAUCACUAAAGUUAUUAGACUAUAAUGUAUCAAUGCUAGAGAUUGUUCUUCAGCCUAUGGAAGAUCUUUGGUUUCAGUUGGGACAUCAGUUAAAAGUUGAGGCAUCUUUAUUAAGUGAUAUACAAGAAACAAACGAUGCAAAGGAACAGAUGAGAUCGUUAUUGCAAUAUUGUUCUGACAAAGGAGUGACAAUGAUGCAGUUGGAAGAAGCACUAGAAGCACUGGACCAAAAAAGCUUAAUACCUGCUUUGCAGGAAUUUUCAAAAGAACAUUUCACUGAAAGCAACAAAAAACUAGAGCUUGAACUUAAAGAAACUAAAGUUGCUCUUGAUGCAUGUAAGUUUAAACAACAGGAACAAGAGGCUGUUGAAGAAAUGCUUAAAGCAGAAUUGAAAUUAAAGGAUGAGGGCAUAUCUAAAUUAGUUAAAGAAAAAUCUCAGUUAUCACAAAUGAUCAAUGAACUUAAGCAGGAUGGAAUAAAAAAACAACAAGCUUUUGUGGAACAAUUGGAUAAAAUCACAUCUGAGUUUGUUAAGGAAAAAUCUCAGCUAUUGGAAAUGAUCAAUGAACUUAAAGAUGAAAACCAAAUAGUAGUCAAAAAGCAUGUGGCUGAAUUGAUUUUAAAAGAGAAGACCAUAUCUGAGUUUGCUAAAGAAAAAUCUCAGUUAUUGGAAAUGAUCAAUGAACUUAAGCAAAUUGAAAUGACAAAGCAACAGGGUUUUGUGGAGCAGACCACUUUAAAAGACAAGAGCAUAUCUCAGUUAGUUGAGGAAAAGUCUCAGCUAUUGGAAAUGAUCAGUAAGCUUCAAGAUAAAAAUAGUACAGAAAUUGAAAAGCAACAAAGUCGUGUGGAACAAAUACAAGAAACUCAACUUUCCUAUGAUGAACCUCUUGAAAGCAGACUAGAAUCCAUUAAGCAGUCAGAAUUAGAAGCUAUUUCAUAUGCUGGUCUGAUUUAUUAUGAGGAAAGGGGUAUAGAAAAUUUAGUGACAUUUACUGCAGCCAGAAGUUUGAUUAAUCUACCGGAAUUUGUGAAAAGGCGCCGUCCUUAUGCUGAAAUGGGACAGUGUGUUUACUUUCACAUCAGAUAUGAUUAUGAAUAUAUUGAAUUAAUAUUUGAUGCUCCACAGGAUGAACCAUUUACUGGAUGGACUAUUAAACCUCACAUGAAACCUUGCAGAUUGUAUCGUCAAGAUAUCGAUAAUUUUGACGAAUUUGAAUAUCCUCUUCCUCCAUCUUGUCUUAUUUCAGUCUACGCAUCGACAUCACCUGAUACUGUCCCUACACUACACUACUCCAUACAACUGGAAGGUGUGGUUGAUCCUGUUGCAUUAUGUAUUAAUAGAGCACUAAAGCCAUUAGCUUUCUCUUCAACUAUAGCUAGUUCAAUGGCUUCAUCAUCAGCAGUUACUGGUACUCAUAAUGUUAAGGAUGUCAAGAAAAAGCUCAAGAAAGUUUUGAUUGAUCAUCAGUCAUCCUUACGUACAUUAUUUCAAGAUAAUCCUGCUAAGCUAGCUGAUGAGCUCUUUCAGGCUGAUAUAAUUACAUAUGAAGUAUACCAAGACGCAACUUUUGAUUCAAUGAUGGGUAGCUUUUAUUCUUCAAUGAGUGUAUUAAACACUAAGUAUGAGUUAGAAGAGCAUUGUUCGAUUUUUUUAAAAGCUUUGUUUAAUGCUCAAAAGUUAUUGGAAUAUAAAUCAAAACUUGGUCUUGAUGAUGAUCAUAAUGCAACUCCUCGUAUGAUACAACAUGACUGGAUUAAGGCAGUAGGAAAUGAACUCAAUUUGAACCAUUAA